AUGCCUAGCUGUUGCACCGGCAAGUAUGUGGUCUCCUACCACGGUGGGCCGGUGGCCAUCGUGGCUGAGGCCGAGCUGCCGAUCGUGGUCCCACCCACCGUCGCCGGCUCGGUCACCUACGUUGAAGUCCGCGUCCAGUUCAUGCACACUCAGCUCGUAGAUCUGCAGUCGUGCAGUCUUGUUGCGCCCAUCGGCACAUCCGUCGCCUUGCUUAUCGGCAUCGACCUCCCGCCCCUCCGCUGGGACGUCCACUUUGACGACGGCGCCUCGGUCUUUGUCCUCCAGCAGGCGCAGGCUGUCUUCCGCGAUGGCGUCCGCCGCAAGCCGACGUCGGCGCUCUCGUCGCUCCGCGGCUCGCUUGCUGCUGGUACUUGGCGUCUCAAGUGCGAGGAUACUCGAAUCUCGGCCUACCACGGCUUCCUCUACAACGCCACACUCAUCCUCUCGACCUCGCCCGCCAGCUGCGGCGACGGCGAGUGGUUCUCAGACUCGGAAGCGUGCGACGACGGCAACACCUCCGAUGGUGAUGGCUGCUCCUCGACAUGCUCGCUUGAGCCGGGCUUUUCGUGCUCCAACCAAGAUCCGGCCGCGCCUACGCUCUGCACGCCGGUCCCUUGUGGCGACGGAACCUGGGUCCCCGACGUCGAAGAGUGUGACGACGGGAACACUAUGAGCGGCGACGGUUGCUCGUCAGCCUGCAAGCUCGAGCACGGGUACGCCUGCAACCACUCUAGUUGCCGCCCGAUCGUCUGUGGCGACUCGAUCGUGGACGCACCGACCGAGCUGUGCGACGACGGCAACGCCGUCGGCGGCGACGGCUGCUCAGCCGCGUGCUCGCUCGAGGCGAGCUACACCUGCGACACACCCGGUGAAGCCUGCAAUCCGCUUGUGUGCGGUAACGGCAUUGUCCAGCCACCAGAGACCUGCGACGACGGGAACGUGCUCGGCAACGACGGCUGUGCGAGCGACUGCACCAUCCCGCCCACUUGUCUAGGCGAGGCAACGUUCACCGAGAGCCGCGGCAUUGUUCGCUCGCAAUAUGCUUCCCAGGCCUACACCGCACCGUUGGAGUGCGUGACGUACGUUCGGCCAACAGUCGCCGCUCGCGCUUUUGUCGUCUCGAUUGUUUGGUUCCGUCUCCGUCCGGGCACCCUCGACCUCAUUCGCAUCUACGACGUGGCAACCACGCCGUUUAAGCUCCUCAAGACUGUCACCGCAGACUCGGCAGCAGCUACGCUCGCUCCUGUUGUUGUCGAGGCUUCGUCGUUUGCCAUCGAGUUUGUUGCUGCCAAUGUGCCCGGCGGGUCUGCACCGUCCCUCGACAGUUCGCUGUAUUAUGGCUUUGUUCUCGAGUACUACGCGCUGCCGCAGCUCCAACCGCCGAGCGGCUUUGCCAUCACACUCGAGCCUGUGUUGCCGCCGCCGGCUGCCCAGCACUUGCGCUCAACCUCGGGCCUUGUCGCCAAUGUCAACUUGCUCUGCAACCCAGAGUGCGUCUUCUACCUUCCGUUCACCAACACUAUCUCGCUCUACCUCCACCGGCUGUCGUGGCCGCCGGGGUCAGGCGCGUCGCUUGUUGUCGAGGCGUCCAAUGGCACCGUUGUGGCGCGCAUCGACGCACCUGAUGCCAGCACCGCCACGGCGCUGGGCUACUCGGCCGGACGGUCGGUCGAGAUUGCCGCCAACUCCAGCUCGAGUGAAUGGGCCAUGUUCGUGCGCCACGGUGUGCUCGGCGCUGCCAGCCUCCCGUUCCCGGUCGAGGUGCAAGCGCCAACUGGCUUGACGAGUGCACAGGUUGUGGUGCGAUUUUCAUCACCGCCGCCGCCGCCGGGUUGGGAGCUCCCUCAUUUUGAGAUAGUGUACAGCGCGGACUCGACGUGCUUGCCAGGCGUGGAGAUGGCCGCGGCCAGCAGUGCGAGAGCGCAGAUUGUGGUCGGCCCCUCGCCGCAACUCUUCUCAUACGCAUCUUUGCUCGCACCACUCAUGCGCUGUGUGUGGGGCUUUCCCACCCCGCUGCUCGCUCCGCAUGGAUAUACCCAGCGCCUGGUCGUCGACUAUGUGGACUUGCCGGACCCGCAGGAUUCGCUCCAGAUUUCUGCCGAUGACGUCGUGAGUGGCGCAGCGAGUGUUCCUCUCGCGGUGGCGCGUAUUUCUGCAGCAUCUUUGCUCUCCUACGGCUCGCUCCCUGUGGCCACGACAUCCUCGCUUGAGUUUACCGUCACGACUGGCAAGGCGCUAGUCGAACUGGAAACCUCAGAGUUUUGGCCAUCAAACGGGUUCGCGGUCACCUCGUCGUGGGGCUGCGGCUUACCGCUCUACUCGGCCGGCCACAUUAACCGUCCAAGUGCCGCGGCUGGCUACCUCUCGGUCGACGCAUCGCAUGCUAUCUACGCAGGCUACAGCUACUCGACAGCGCACUGCGCGUGGCGAGUGGAUGGCCCCAGCCACGAAGCAGGCCGGGCGCCGGUGCUAAUCAACAUCAUGGCGCUGGCGCUUUCCGACUCAUCGGAUGUGAUCCUCAUUCUCAACGGAACGUCAGACGCCUCAUCGCCACAGCUUGGCUCACUUGUCGGUAACGCUGUCCUGCUAGCCGACAGCGGCUUUGCAGCGCUCAACGAGUUGCGGUGGGCAGCCGGUCUGGGCAGGCUUUCAUCUGCGUCGCUGGCGGCGUCGAUGGGCCAGAUGUACGUUCCGUCUGGCCAGUCGUACGUCUCGUUUGUGCCUGGCUCGGGUUCGGCCGACCCGCCCACGCUUCCGCCACUAGUCAAUCCGCUCGAUGCCGAGGCCGGCACCUCUCGCAAUGGCUUCCUUGCCUCGUACCAGGCUGGCUCGUGCAUUGCAAAAGCAGUUCUUGUCGGCGCCCAGGGCAUUGUUGCUGACGGCUCGGGCGCUUCGCUCGCGCCUGUUAUCCUCGAUGUUUUUGAGCGCGACGCGCUAGCGGCUGUCUCGCUCGACGCGCUGCACGCGGCCUACGCACCCAUGGUUGGUCAGACUCAGGCGACGUUGUGCCACUGGCGGCUCUCGCCGCCGACUGUGCCGCAGUUCCGCUACAUCACGCUUCGAAUUUCCAAGUUGGCGCUUGCAGAAGGUGCAAGUCUUGCCGUCAAGGUUGGCGGUGAGAUCCUCGUCUACUUUGACGCACGGUCGACGCGCUCGCUCUCGGCGCUACAGCUGGCGUCACCGCUGGCAACAUCUGAUGUGGCGCUUCCCGAGCACGAUGCGCUCUUUGGCCCUGCUGCACUCUUGCUCCCGGCGUCGUCGGCGCAGCCGCGAGUGGUCUUUGCUGUCGACAACUCGACCAAGACUAAGAGCGGCUCAGUGGCACACGUGCUCGAGCUCGUUACCAUGGCCUCCGAGCUGGAGCUCGAAUGGUCUGUUCCGCGUGGCGCAAACUCGCCCUCGCACAUGCUCGCCGGCUAUCAGGUCGGCUACACUUGCCCGCCUGGUGCGGUGCAGGCGUCGGCCAUCUCGACCGGGUGCGCCUUUUGCGAGCCGGGCAUGUACUUGUCGACUUUGUCCGGCGAAUGUACCACGUGUGAGACUGGAACGUUCUCGCUCGUCCAUGGAGCGCAUGCCGAAUGCUGGACGUGCCCGACGGAAAUCCUGUCGUUACCGUCGGCGGCGGCCGCAGACGAGCUCCCGGAGCGACUGGUAGUCUCCAACACGACGGUUGCCACCUCUGUUCUUCUGCCACUCUGCAUGCCGUCGUCGUUCCCUGUGGCGGCCACACCUUCAGCGAGCUCCUCGCUCUCCAUGCUUGUGGUCGGCCUCAUCGGCAUCGGUCUUGGCCUCGUGUUUAUGGUUUUGGUCGGUGCAGCAUGCUUCACGGUCUGGCGGCGGCGGUCGGCAUCCAAGAUUGAUCCCGAGUCGAUGCUGGUGGGGCGGGUCGGUUACGAGAUCACCUACGACGAGAUCACGUUUGACAAGGCGAUUGGCACCGGGUCGUACGGUGAGGUGUGGCGCGGGCUCUGGCGUGGAACCGACGUGGCCAUCAAGCGCAUCCACAACCGGGACUUUUCGGCCGAGACGCUGGAAGAGUUCCGGCGCGAGGCCAAGAUGAUGUGUGAUUUGCGACAUCCUAACGUAGUGCUCUUUAUGGGCGCGUGCACACAGCUGCCAAACUUGGUCAUGGUCACCGAGUACCUCGAGCGCGGCAACCUGUUCAGUAUUCUCCACGAUGCAGAGGUUGAGCUCCCGUACGGGCUCCGAGUUCGCAUGCUUCUCGGUGCGGCGUCGGGCAUCAACUUUCUGCACUCGGCCACACCGCCUAUCCUGCACAACGACCUCAAGUCGCUCAAUUUGCUAGUGACAACCGACUGGAACGUCAAGGUCGCCGACUUUGGACUCACCUGUAUCAAGGAUGAUCUGGCCGACGACGCUGACAUCGGAACAGCGUUCUGGACAGCACCCGAAGUGCUCAACGGGUUAGGCUCGUCGACAGCCUCGGAUGUGUACUCGUUUGGCAUCAUCAUGUGGGAGGUGCUCACACGCGAGACGCUCUACGACGGCGUCAACCCGAACGCGGUCAUGCUCAAGGUGUCAACAGGCGAGCUGCGGCCGCACGUGGCUGACCUGGCUAAUGAGAGCAAGCUGCGGACGGUGUGGCGGUCGCUCAUGGUCUCGGCGUGGCAGCAGGAGCCGGAAAGCCGGCCUACCUUUGGUGCCAUUGUGUCGGAACUCAAGGCGCUUGCGGUCCGGGCGGAGAGCGUGACGGCGACGUCUGCUGAGCACGCGUCGGGCGUGGCGUCCGAAGACGGCCUCCUCUCGGCCAACGGACCGGCGAGCGAGAACGAGAUCGGGGCCAUGGACGUCUCGUUCAUCUUUGCCGACAUCAAGGACAUGGCGGCUCUGUGGGACGAGACGCCGGCGGCGGCACGCGACGCGAUCGAAAUGUUCAACACGCUUGUCGACGAGAUGCUCGAGGAGCUCUCUGGGUACCGGGUCGAGAGCCGCGAGGGCGCGUUUGUGGUCAGCUUUUCGUCAUCUGACCAAGCCAUGCUCUUUGCCACCUCGCUCAUGCUCAAGCUCCACAACGAAGACCGGGUCUGGCCGCCAGCGCUGCAGAUGCUGGACGUGACCAUGCCUGGUGCUGGCGGCGGGAGCGACGUGGUCAUCAUGCGCGGCCUCCGACUCGCCAUUGGCAUCCACACCGGAGUGCCGUCGGCGGAGAUUAAUCCUGUAACCAACCGCAUGGUGUACACGGGGCCCGUGGUGCGCAAGGCAACGCUUGUGGCGGCCAUGGCGGUCGGCGGACAGGUUGUAGUCUCCGAGGCUGCGCUUCGUGACAUCAAGGCCUCGCCGUCGUCGCCGCCGUUUGCUGAGCAAUCUUUGGGCCUCUGCCUCUUGCCGGGCUUUGACGAACCGGAGACGGUGACGGCGGUACUGCCACCGCAGCUCGCGGCGCGGCUGACGAUGCUCAAAAAGGCGACUGGUCGGAGCUUUGCCACUGCAACGGACAAGUACGUUUGGCAGUCAUUCGGGAUGGAGCCCGACCCGCAUGUCGACUCGAUGGAGGGCCAGUCGACGUGGGAGCGGGUCAAGGACCGCUACGUGCUCUCGUCGAUGUACCGGGUGCGGUACGAGGACGUCGAGAUCGUCGAGCGUUGCGGGAUGGGCACCUACGGUGAGCUGUACCGUUGCAGGUACCGCGGUGAAGAGGUGGCCAUGAAGCGGCUGCUGCGCAAGAAGCUACCCGAAGCACUGCUGCUUGACUUCAAGUGCGAAGUCAUCAUCACAGCACAGCUGAACCACCCCAACAUUGUGACGUUCCUUGGCGCGUGCACGUUCCCGUACCUCUGCCUCGUCACCGAGUUCUGCACUCACGGCUCGGUUCACUCCAAGCUGACGGAUCCGUCGGUGCGGUUUGAUUGGCCGCGGCGGGUGAAGAUUGCGCACGACAUUGCAAAAGGCAUGCACUACCUGCACUCACUGGACAUGCCGAUUAUGCACCGUGACCUCAAGACGCCCAAUGUACUGCUCGACUCGACGUGGACGGCCAAGCUCUGUGACUUUGGCCUUGCGCGCAUCAAGUCCUCACACUCGACCAUGACCAAGUGCGGAACGAUUGCCUGGACGGCGCCCGAGGUGCUGACCGGCAAGCGGUACUCGCUCAAAGCCGAUGUGUACUCGUUCGGCCUCGUCCUGUGGGAGUUGGUCACAGCCAAGUUUCCGUACAUCGAGCUCAAGGGCACGCCAACUGUCAAGAUUGUCAAGAUGAUUCUCAACGGGCACAGGCCCAAUGUCUCGCGCGAGUGGCCCAAGGGCUACGUGGCGCUCAUGAAGCGGUGCUGGUCUGACCAGCCAAAGUCUCGCCCGACCUUCUCCGAGCUUUUGGUCGAGCUUACUGCCAUGAUAGACAACUUUACCGCCGGUCAGUCGUCAGCGGCCUCUGCCACCGCCGCUGCGUUGGCCCCGGCGUCGUCGACAUCCAUGCGCCUCCUCCUGCAAAGCCGGGCGUUCCCAUCACCAAGGAGCCUCAAGAGCGGCCAAAGACACCGGUAA